AUGCCUCUACCUCCUCCCGCAAGAUCCGUUGCCUCGGGAGCCUCAAAGUUGGUUGCCCAGAGAUAUCCCGCAUCGCACGCUAGUCACCAUAGCAGGGCUUCGCACCACAGCAAGACGAGUGGUAAGUCAAAAGCCCUUGGAGGCAGCAGUAAUGACACCGAACUGAUGGAUGUUCUCGUCGAAGAAGUACAUGAGGUCACAAGGCGCAGAUUCGUGGUCAAAAUGCCUGGAGACACGAUCAGAGAUUGGAGUUUUGCUGAUUGA